AUGCAAUAAUAUAUAAUAAUUAAUUGCACUAAGUAAAAUCAAUCUUUUAUUUAACAAUCAAGAUAUCUUAUCAAUAUAAAGAUACGCUUCUCCGAGAAUCAGCAUAAUUUGAAAUUUUUAAUAUCGGUUUAAUUGUAGCCUUAAAUAUCCUUUAGAAAAUACUAGAAGUUACUAAAUAUUUUUUUAAUUGAGUAUCAUUAAAUUUAAUAUUUGGAUUAAUCAAUAGAACAUAUAUAAAUCUAAACUUAUUGUAAUACUUAGGAUAAUAAAUAUGUUACGAUGUAUGGAUAAGAAUCAAUUUUCAAAAAUUUUUAUAUGUUAUUAUUGAAAAUUUUCUUGGGAGAUGAAAAAGAAUCUAAAAAUUAUUAAUUCAAAAUUAUUUAUAGGCAUACCCAUAAUGAUAACGACAAUGAUUCUCAAUCCCUUUUAGAUAACAUUACAUUACUCAAGAAAAAAAUAAUAAGUGUAAUGUUAUAUCUUACUUAACUCACUACUUUUAUGGGUUAAGAUAAGUCUCUAUUCUUCCUUCUUAAGGUUAUCUUAAAAAUUGGAAAUAAGUAAGUUAUUUAUUUAAAGAAUCUUAAUUAACUAGUUUCAUAAAUCAUUUAAUAUCUAUUAUAUAAAUAUUUAAAUUAUUAUUUACAAGGCUUUGAGCAAUUUAUUCGAAUAAAAAGAAUUUCAGUUUAAUUUAACCAUCAUUAAAGAAGAGGAAGUAAAUUUUCUAAAAAAAAUCAAGACUGGUUAUUCUUUCAUAAAUAAUCAAAGGACAACUUGAUUUUUAAUAUAAAAAACGAUAUUAUAGAUUAUUAAUUAUUUUAAGCAAAAUCCUUAAAUUGA